GGCAAGUAUGGGUAUGAUGAGGGUGUUGCCGGACACAUCACCAUGCGUGACCCCGUGGAUCCGACAACGUUCUGGGUGAACCCCUUCGGUGUUGCCUUCAGCUUGAUCAAGGCCUCAGACUUGAUCCUUGUAAACCACGACGGCGAGGUCAUUGACGGCGGACCAUGCCGUCUCCUCAACUUAGCGGCAUACAUGAUACACUCAGCAAUCCAUGCAGCGCGCCCGGAUGUUCUCGCUGCGGCACAUAGCCACUCGAUCUAUGGUCGUGCCUUCUGCUCGCUCGGCCGCAAGCUCGACACCAUCACACAAGACUCAUGCGCCUUCCACAACGACCACGUCUUGUACGACAGCUUCAAUGGCAUCGUACUGGCGGAAGAGGAGGGCAAGAAUAUUGCGCGGGCGCUUGGUGACAAGAAGGCCGCGUUGUUGAUCAAUCAUGGGCUCUUGACGGUCGGCAAGUCGAUCGAGGAGGCGGUUUUCUGGUUUGUGUCGCUAGACAAGUGCUGUCAGGCGCAGAUGCUCGCAGAUGCAUCUGCGGGCGGUCGUGGUGGCGAGACUGUAAAGAUUGGUCAGGAGGAAGCCCAGUUCACGUACAAGACUGUUGGAACGCCGCGCGCUGGCUGGUUCAGCGCGAAGCCUCUGUUCGAUGUCAUCCACAAGGAGACAGGAGGAGACUACCUCGAGUAAGAGGUCACAACCCAUAUCAUCUUAUAAAAUCACAACUGGCGAC